AUGACUUUAAUGGUGAAAUCAAUAGUUUGCCUGAUCCUUCUGAGUGGAGUUAUAACUUCAACUCGAGGAGAAGAGUUUCCUCAGUGUGCGAAUGCGGAUUUGGACACCUUUGUGAUGGCCAUCGAUGAUUGUGCCUCGUACAUAUACUGCAAUGGAGCGGACUCCUUUAGGGACAGCUGUCCGGAAUCCACCUACUUUGAUGAUCGGACCAAGGAGUGUGCCUUCGACGAUGAAGGAGUCUGUCUCAGUAAUGCUGUUUCUGUUUUUACGGAGGAUGAGUUAGAGCAGCAGACUGACGAGGAGGUUUCCGAUUCCCCAGUUCCCACGCCACCUUUCCAUGAUACGAUUUUGGAUUCAUCCACACCCCCUGCGGAUUCCUUGGCAUCCUCUUCAGUUUCCUCGACAACUUCUUCAGCUCCUACAACAUCUUCUCCAGCUAUAGAAAAACCGCACUGCGAUUUAUUUGGAGAUGGUGAUUAUCCUCAUCCACAGCGUUGCGAAUAUUUUUACAGGUGCCUCAGUGGCUAUUUGACCAUAGUGCGAUGCCCAUACAAAUAUGGCUGGGACCUUCCCACGAAGCGGUGCAAACCCAUAGCCGAUACUCAGUGUUAUAGACCUUAG